AUGAUUUCUCGAUUGUCACCAUGCCCUACAGGCCGACAUAUUUCCUCAGUAUUGUCAUUGCAGAAAUCGAUCGCACCUUUUGUUCGAUGGUCGUCAUCGGGAUCGCGCUGGAAACAGCGCCAGGGUCGUGAUUCCUAUGCCCGCGGUGCGAAGGUUCAGGGUCUCAAAAGUCGGGCGGCUUUCAAGCUCCUCGAGAUGGAUUCGAAAUACAGACUUUUCAAGGGAAGCGGACAGACAGUGGUCGAUCUUGGAUACGCACCAGGUAGCUGGUCACAGGUCGCUGUAGAGAGAACCAGGCCCAACGGCCGGGUUAUUGGUAUCGAUCUUAUCCCAGCCCAGCCGCCGCGUGGUGUUGCAACCUUCCAGGGCGACUUCCUUUCACCAGACGUACAGGAAAUGGUCAAAAACUUCAUUCUUGAAAGCCAUCGACGCCCACCUCCCCUACAAGAUAACAGUGAAACUGAACAGUCUGGUCCCGAUGAGACUGCUACGCUUGAUCGGCCGAGUUAUCUUGAUAUGGAACGGCACGCUGCUCAGGAUGAGGUACCGGCGUCAAAAAAGCGCAUCGUAGAUGUUGUUCUUAGUGACAUGUCAGCACCCUGGGAACAAACCACAGGCUUUAACGUGAACACGUUGAGUAACCCGUAUCAUAGGUUGAUGAACACGAGCGGGAACGCCUUUCGCGACCAUGCCGGGAGUAUGGAUCUUUGUGCCGCCGCGCUACAAUUUGCCAGUGAUACACUGAGAUCUGGUGGACACUUUGUCUGCAAGUUUUAUCAGGGAUCUGAGGAUAAGGACUUUGAGAGGAAGUUGAAGAUGCUCUUCAGCAAAGUCUUCAGAGAAAAGCCAGAUUCUUCAAGAAAGGCAAGUCAAUCUGGCUGGGAAAGCCGCGAGGCAUACUUUAUUGGGUUGCGAAGGAAGCCCGAUAUUACGAUACAAUCAUCAACUCCCACACAGGACGAGACUGCCAAGGCUGGAACCGACAUAUAA